UGAAAUAACGCCGAGUAUCGCAUCGUAGAGAAAAAUAAAUUACAAACGGAAUGCAGUUAAUAAGACGUCAUGGCAACACAUGAUCAGAUUGAUCAUUCGAAGUCAGUUAUCAUUGUGCUCGCUACUAGGCAAAAACCGCUAGCGCGUUACUUGUCGCUUGAUUCAAACUGCAUCAUAUGAAUAUCACAGAAAACGUGUAAUUGUGUACAAAUAAUAGGAUUUUAAAAAGCAUACGUAGUAACACAACGAAUAAUGUGUAUAUAUAUAUGAAUUAAUAUUAAUUCGAUUAACACAUUAGAAUUAGUAGCGUGAGAAAAACAACUAAUUAAAAAUUCGACGGAAACUGAUUGAGUGCAAACAUUUACAAAAAAUGCAAAUUAUAUUUGGAACAAUUUUAUGUAUUUUAUGGAAAAGUUUAGUACUGACAAGAGCAACUAUCACGUUUAUGCCGAAAAAUACCACUUCAAACAGUCUUCAGAAAGAAAAUGUUUCCAUGUAUCCAGAUUUAAACUUCACGCAGGAUAUUUCACUGUACGAGAAAAGUGUUCAGCAUAUGCUAAAUUUCAAAUCUGACCGCAGUUACUCUGAUAGUACUGUGAAAAAUGAGCGAGAAGUCGAUGAAGAUACACUUGCAAAUACUUCUAUCAUCCCAGAAUCUAUCGAAAGCAGUUUGAAGAAACCAUCUCUCAGAGCAUUUGUACAAUUCGACAGUCAAUUCACAGAAAAAGUAAACGACAUUUUUGUGACAUUGAGAUGGAAUCAAUCCGAAUUUAUCGAUUUACAAAGAUACACAGUGCAAUGUUUUUUCAUCGAGGACUUAAAAGAGAUUCAAAUCUGCGACGAUAAAAAUAUCCCAACUAUAAUAUUGGAGCAUACGGUGCAUAAACUUAAACCUAAUACGACAUAUUAUUUCCGAGUACGUGCACAUACUGAAGAUGUUGCUGGUCCUUAUUCGGAUUUCAUCAAUGUGUCGACCACGCAUGAAAAUCCAAUACCUAAAUUAUUAUUAGUAACGGAUGUUGGCAUCCACAUAUUGGACUUAGAUUCAAAUACUAUGAAUAAUAUCGUUGAACAAAGGGACAUAAUAGAUGUCGCUUACUGCGCGCAAGAAGAUAAAAUUUAUUGGGUGCGCGGAAAUAAUUUAAUGACAUCGAAGAUUACUGAAAAUAAUCUAAUGACAUCAAAGAUUACUGAAAAUAAUAUCAUAAAAAUAGUUACCUUUGAUUAUAAGGCAUUAUAUGUGCUAUCUCUCUGCAUUGACUGGGUAGCAAGAAAUCUAUAUAUAUACUAUGAUAAUGGAGACUACUCUGCCACUGUAAAGUUCGAUUUAACAAUGUGGGAAAAUGGAAUAAUUAAAUUUGAUAAGAUUUAUAUGGCAAAAAAAGGUUUCGACCAUUUAAUUGUAUCACCGUCUAUGGGAAUUUUAUAUCGCAUAUCAUACAAUUGGACGAAUAAAAAAUAUGGUAUGAUGAAAUAUUUUGAUGGAAAAAACGAGCAAAUUGUUCAGAUAAAUUCAUCACUUUGCCAAUUUCCUUCUCUGGCUGAAAUGAAACAUACGAUAAUUGAUGACAUGAAUAAUGAGCCGUUAAUUUAUUGCUUAACUGAAAAUCACGUAAUUGUAACAAAUAUUAACGUUUCUAUGUGCAACACGAUUUUACAUAAGAAAAGCAUAAGUGAUAAUAUAAUCUUCGAAUCUAUAACGACUGACAAAAUAUACGUUUACAUUUUAGUGUUUACUAAAUCUAGGGUUUACUAUCUCUAUGCUUUGGAAAAGAAAUAUGCAAGUCUCAAGAGUUAUUUACAACCAUAUCCUCCAACGAGAUGUUUGACACCUUACGAAAAAGAUUAUAAUUUUGAGAAGGUGACUGCAACGACAGACAGCAUCAUUGUAAAUCUUCCGGAGCCGGUUGUAAAGAGUGGAUGCAAAAAAUAUAAUUUACCAACUACUAUAUAUACUAUCUCUGUAAGCUGUUUAGAUCACAAUCUCAACAAAUAUGAAGAAUUUAAUAUGCAGUCGUACGAGCGUUAUUACGAGAUUCAGAACUUAACACCAUUUACAAUGUACAAGUUGAAGUUUAAUUUAAGCAAUUUUUACUUUGAUCAAUUGUCAAUAAAUCCAUUCGAAUCGAAUGUGACACAAGUAAAAACUAAUUUGGGUAAGCUUAAUGCACCAAAAAACAUAAGUGUUGUAGCUUUGACGCCUACUAUAGCAGUGGUUCAUUGGAUGCCACUUAAGAAACUGAUCUGCGAGGCCGUGACCUACGAAGUGCAUUGGAAGUCAGUUACAUUAGUGAACGACACCCAACAAAAGAGCAAACAAUUUAUCAAUGUGCCGAAACGUAUGGCAGACGGCAGAUUUUUCACAAAAAUGAAAUUGUCGCUAUCAGUACAAGAUUACUUGAUAUACGUGCGUGUGUAUCCAAGUAAUUUCAGCGAUUUCUACAAUGAGAGUUUUUUCAAGAUCGAUCACAUAUACUCAGAACCAAACAAUAUUAUUUUGAGUGAGGCCAACAUAAAUAGCAUGAACAUUUCAUGGAUUUCAAACAUUAAUCUGACGGUUUUUUCUGCACUAGAGUAUAAAGAUGUUGCAACAGAAAAGUGGCAAACAACAAAUUAUGUUGAAAUAAAUUAUAACGAAAAAGUAAUAUAUCAUAUCGAAAAUUUGCAAUCGGGAACUUUAUACAAGUUUCGUUUGAUAUUGAGAUACCUCGAAUAUGAGGAGAAUUUUAUAUGGCCCGAUGAUGAAAGAUUUAUUUUUUCAACACAUGGUAGCAAACGUGAUAUUUCGAGCACUCCUGGAAUAACACCGGAAAAAUAUUACUUAUUAUUAUUGAUGUUAAGUUUAUUCGUUAUAAUUAUAAUUUGCGUCUUCUACUUUUAUCAUUUAUAUCGGCAACGCAGAAAUAAUAAUGAGCAACUUUUGUCUUCAACAAUGGUCGACAUGGAAUUAGCGAUUCUACAUGAAGUACCUUGCCGAAAUACUGAAUUCAAUAUGAUUUACAGUCCUAUGUUACAUUAUAAUCCGGAUGAAUGUGUGAUAACUAAAAUCGCACUUAAACAAAUUACAUUUACAAAACUUAUUGGUAGCGGCGCAUUCGGAAUGGUGUUUCAAGGAAGUGUGAAAAACUUAGAAAGAUCGGGCACAGAGAUAUCCGUUGCAAUAAAAACGAUACCAAAAGAUGCUUCUUCUCAUGAGAAAAAGAAAUUGUUAAAGGAAGCCGAGCUUAUGAAUCAUUUUCGACACAAACAUCUAUUAAGAUUGUUGGCCAUUUGUUUAGAUGGGGAUUCUCCGUUACUAGUGUUGGAAUUGAUGGAAACUGAUCUGUUAAAAUAUUUGAGAGAUUGUCGAAAUUUGCAAGCGUCAGAUACGUAUGCUUUGCGUUUGCAGGAUUUGCUCGCCAUGUGCGAAGAUGUUGCGCGAGGCUGUUGCUAUUUGGAAGAAUUGCGUUUGGUACAUAGAGAUUUAGCGUGUCGAAAUUGUUUAGUAUCCGCGAGAAAUCGCGAGAAUCGUAUCGUCAAAAUUGGAGAUUUUGGACUAGCUGGAGAUAUCUAUAGGAAUGAUUAUUAUCGCGUGAGAGGAGAAGGUCUGUUUCCUGUUCGUUGGAUGGCACCAGAAUCUUUGGUGAUUGGAAUAUUUACUUCUCUAAGUGAUGUUUGGUCAUUUGGGGUAUUAAUGUGGGAAAUUACAUCGUUGGGUGAGGAACCUUAUAAUGCCAAGACUAAUGAAGAAGUGGUAAAUUAUGUACGUGCUGGAGGCAGGUUGCCGAUGACUCUUAAUUGUCCGUCACCAUUGUAUCAGUUGAUGCUACGUUGCUGGAGUACAGCGGAUGCUAGACCAAAUUUCAAAUUUUGUCUGAAAAAUAUUAUAGUAUUAAGAGAGAACAUGGAAGAUGCCUUAUUGAGUCCAGUCGAUACUUUUUAGCUAUAGAUAUAAUUAAAUUAAUGUUUAUUUUCUGUU